AUGAAGUUUGGGCAGACAUUACGCACCUCAUUAUACCCUGAAUGGACUUACUACUAUCUUGCAUACGAUGAUCUCAAGGCAUUUCUGAAAAAGGAGUCUCGUGGUGACCAAGAGUGGACUGAAGAAAACGAGUCUCGAUUUGUGGAACGACUGGAGAAGGAGCUUGAUAAGGUGUACAGCUUUCAACGUGUCAAGCUUGGAGAAAUCAAUCGACGCAUCGAAGAGGAGGCACGUGAAGUGGAGGAACUCUGUGGCAAGGAAGCUCCUGAAGAGGAUGAAUUUACAGCAUCAGAAAUCGAGCUUGGUCAUAUUAUUGCCGAUGUCCAUGAUCUGGCCAAAUUCACUCGUCUCAAUUAUACCGGUUUUCUCAAGAUCAUCAAGAAGCAUGAUAAAGUGACGAAAUGGAAACUCAAGCCCAUGUUCAAUGUGCGUCUCAAUGCCAAGCCAUUUUACAAGGAGAAUUAUGAUGCCUUGAUUGUACGUAUUUCCACCUUGUAUGAUCGUGUGCGUACUCGUGGCCAAGAACGUCGAGGAGAUUCAGCAGCGGGUGGCAAACAAUCAGCAUUUGUACGCAACACAACUAAAUACUGGGUCCAUCCAGAUAAUAUCACGGAGCUCAAGUUGAUCAUUCUCAAACACUUGCCAGUAUUGGUGUUCAAUCCCAACAAGGAAUUCGAGCCACAAGAUUCAGCCAUCACCAGUAUCUACUACGACAAUGACGAUUUCGAUUUAUACAUGGGACGAUUGGAAAAGACCGAAGGUGCUGAAGCGAUUCGUAUGCGAUGGUAUGGUGGCAUGGAUUCCAAUACAAUCUUUGUGGAGCGCAAGACACAUCGUGAAGAUUGGACGGGUGAAAAAUCUGUCAAAGCACGCUUCCCCAUCAAGGAAAAGUAUUUGAAUUCAUUCCUGAGAGGCGAAUACACCACCGAUGAGCUCUUUGCCAAGCAACGUGAACAAGGAAGAUUAUCGAAGAAGGAGAUUGAUGAAAUGGAACAACUUGCUCAAGAAGUGCAAUACACCGUAUUGACCAAGCGAUUGCACCCCAUGAUGAGAACAUUCUACAACCGCACAGCUUUCCAAUUGCCAGGCGAUGCACGUGUGCGUAUUAGUUUGGAUACAGAAUUGUCAUUGGUGCGUGAGGAUAAUAUGGGUCGUACGCGAUCAGGCAACAAUUGGCGACGUACCGAUAUUGGCGUGGAUUAUCCCUUUAAGCAAUUACCUGACUCGGACAUUUGUCGAUUCCCUUAUGCCAUUUUGGAAGUCAAGUUGCAAACACACGUGGGUCAAGAACCUCCUCAAUGGGUGGUGGACUUGGUGAAUUCACAUUUGGUCGAAUCCGUACCCAAGUUUUCAAAGUUUAUUCAUGGAUGCGCUACCUUGUUGGAAGACAAGAUCAACGUGUUGCCAUUUUGGUUGCCACAAAUGGAUAUUGAUAUUCGCAAGCCACGUGUGCGCAAGUUUGGUGUAUUGAGACCUGCCGAUACAGCGGGUAGCAGUUCAGCAUCCGGUCAUAGCGGUGAUGAGGAUCAUAUGCAGAUUCGAAUGAUUGCUGAAGCGACAGAGACAACACCCAUGCUUUCAUCAUCAUCAGGUCAAGAUUGGCGUGAAGACCCUGAACAUACCGCAUCCUCUCGCACACAAAAGUUCCUCAAGCAACUAUCACCUGCUGGACUACAAAAGUUGUUCAAAAAGAGCAAGACCACAUUUCGACGCAAACCUACAGGCACAACUCGACGAGCCGCUGCUACUGCCAAACCUCCACCUGUCAAGACAUUCUUCGCCAACGAACGCACAUUUUUGGCAUGGCUACAAUUCACAUUAUUACUCGGUGGUCUUGCUGUAGGCCUGCUCAACUUUUCAGAUAACAUUGGACGUGUCUCAGCAGGCAUGUUCACGUUCCUUUCUAUGGGAGUGAUGGUGUACGCUCUUUACAACUACCAUGAUCGUGCCAAUCGUGUUACCAAGAAUGAGACUGGUGAAUAUUCGGAUAAGUAUGGCCCAGCAGUGCUUACUGGAUUUAUGGUCCUUGCCGUUACCAUCAACUUUUAUUUGCGAUUGUCGAUGGACGGUGGUGUUGAAUGGCAUAAUGGAGAAUAA